AAUGAGAUAAUAAUAUAAAAUUUAAAUAAAUAAAAUUAUGAAAAGAACAAAAAAAUUUAAAAAAAAACUAAAUUAAUUUCAGUUUAAUAUGGUAAACGUAAUGGGGAAAAAGUAAAAGUGUGUGAAGAAACUGAAUAGAAAUAUGAAUCAGAAAGUGUUUUUUAUUGAAAAUUGAAUAAAUCAUUUUGAAAAUUUUUUAACAAAAUGUUUUUAAAUUUAUUUUUCUUUAUUAUAAUAAGUUUGUGGUAUUUGAAUAAAAUAAAAAAACGAAAAUUAUCAAACGAAAAUCAUAAAAAUAAGCCCGAUAGUUUACAGUUGGGAAAGUUAAGAGAAAUAAAGGAAAUAUGUAGUAAUUUACCACAAUAUGCCAAUGUACGCAGCUGUAAUUGUUGUCCUUAUGGCUAUCACAUCGAUUUGGAUUUUGUACGCUAUUGUGAAUCGCUGGCCAAUGCUAAGCCAUCCGAAGAAGAAUUACAACGGCGCAGCCGACGACGAUCACGAAAAUCAAUGGAAUUUAUGUUGGGUUUAGAUUCAAUAUUCGAUCAAUGGGAUAGCAGCGAUAGACAGCAAACUUUAACCGAGUUAUAA